GGCAAUUUGUGAUUAGGAAACCCUAGUGACUGAGAAGAGGCUGGUCACAACUAUUCAAUCAUCCAAAGCGAGGCGAAGACAGAGAGAUAGAGAGAUGAUGGAGAAGAUGGUAGAGAGGACGAGACGGUUGGUCGAUGAACUGAUCAGCUCAAUCGAUACACCACGGGAGGAGACUAGGAAACACGAGAUCAAACACGAGAUCAACCGUUUGUUGGAUGAGAUGCUGCUGAGCUUGGAGAAACGAGAGCCUGAAUCAUCGGAGGAGGAGGAGGAGCAAGUGGUGACUCCGUUUGUCGUCUCCGUCAAAGACGGCGGUAAAAUCGAUUACGAUAAGGUGAUCGAAAAGUUUGGCUGCAAGAGGAUAGACGAGUCGCUCAUCGAUCGUGUCGAAAGACUCACUUGCCGUAAAGCUCACGUCUUCCUCCGCCGCGGCUUCUUUUUCGCACACAGGGAUUUGGAUGAGAUUUUGGAUGCGUACGAGAGAGGAGACAAGUUCUAUCUCUACACUGGGAGAGGACCUUCAUCAGAGUCUUUGCAUUUAGGGCAUUUGAUUCCUUUCAUGUUUACCAAAUACUUGCAGGAAGCUUUCAAGGUCCCACUCGUUAUACAGAUUACGGAUGAUGAAAAAUGCAUAUGGAAGAGCUUAAAGCCGGAGGAUAGUAAAAGACUUGGCAGAGAGAACGUGAAAGAUAUCAUUGCUUGCGGUUUCGAUGUCACAAAGACUUUUAUUUUCUCCAACUUUGCCACUGUUGGCGAUAAAAUUUAUGAAAAUAUGGUGGAGGUUGGAAAACGUGUUACAGUUAACAAGAUGAUGGCGACUUACGGCAUUACCGGCGAAGAUCCAGCUGCGAAAAUCAGCUUCCCUGUGGUGCAGGCGGUUCCAUCUUUUUCUAGCUCAUUCCCAGACUUGUUCCUCGGCAAUGACAAGCUCCCUUGCUUGAUUCCCUGUGCAAUUGACCAGGAUCCGUAUUUUAGGAUGACUCGUGAUGUUGCACCUCGGUUAAGCUAUAAAAAGCCUGCUCUAAUUGAGUCAAAGUUUUUACCUGCGCUGAGGGGAAAGAAUGGAAAAAUGUCAGCAAGUGAUGCAAAUUCCGCUAUUUAUAUUAAUGAUAGCGCUGAGGACAUUAAAAGAAAGGCAAACAGUGCUGUUACUGGUGGGCGAGAUAGCUUGGAAGAUCAAAAAAAAUAUGGAGCAAAUCUGGAGGAAGACAUACCAUUUCAGUAUUUGAGUUUCUUCCUCGAAGAUGAUGCCGAGCUUGAACACAUAAAGAAGGAGUAUGGAGAAGGACGAAUGCAAUCGGGAGAAGUAAAGAAGCGACUCACUCAAGUUUUGACAGAAGUGGUGGAGAGACACCGCAAGGCUCGAGCUGCUGUUACUGAAGAGAUGGUGGAUGCCUUCAUGGCUGUGAGACAUCUCCCAAGCAAGUUUGAGUAAACUCCAAACCGGAAAAAGCUCUACAACUUCGAGUGAUGUUUACAGUAGAUCUUUCAUGCAUAUAGCUUAAUCGGUUUCCUGGUUCAGUUGUUAGCUGAAGAGUUCACUGGUUUGAACGGUUAUCUAUUUAUUUUGCUUUUGUUUUAGGAAACAUCAAUUAAAAGGCCCAUAUCUGUUCUUUUGCUUCCAACCCAAUACUUUCUGGACCGGGUCUGUUUAAAAUUCUAUGUAGAGAUUUCACC